UACGAUGUGGCGGACAGUUGUUUUCUUAGCACUUGUUGCAACGUGCGCUUCGCAUCCCGCACAAGAUGCCUCCCAUACGGACAACGACCUGGAUGGAUUAAGCGAUUGUUUACGAAAAGAUUCCACGUCAUGUCUGAAGUACAAAUUCUUCUCCUUCGUCGACAAAAUGCUCGGACAGAAGGACUCCUUCGCUUUAUCUGAUGGUGUCACCGUCGUGAGAGCUACGGAUGUCCCAACUGAGAAUGGAGCACCUAGAUCCUUGGAUCCCGUUUCGAGAUUGAAGAGAUACUUCGAGACUCAUUCAUUACGCGUUGAAGUGAAAGGUUCGGAUGUGAUUGACGCGGUUUCGAGUGCUGGCCGAGCUUUGGAAGACACAGUAACAUCGAUUGCUGAUGAUGAUGCGUCCGAAGAAGGCAGAGGGAAGAAGAAGAAGGCUGCUAAGAUGCUGGGACCGUUGAUAGCUGCGUUGGCUAUGAAAAUGAUGGCGUUGAUACCUUUGGCCAUUGGUGCGAUUGCUUUAAUUGCUGGAAAGGCGUUGCUGAUUGGUAAACUAGCGUUAGUGCUAUCGGCGAUUAUUGGGCUGAAGAAGCUGUUAUCUCAACAAAAACAUGUGACAUAUGAAGUCGUAGCUCAUCCUCAUCACUCGUCCAGUCAUGUGUCGAGUCAUGACUAUGGUGGUACCAGCGGCUAUGGAGGCGAUUCAGGCGGAUAUAGCUCUAGCGGCAGUGGUGGGUCAAGCCACGGUGGAUGGGGAAGGUCGAUAGAAGCUCAAAGCUUAGCGUACUCCGCGCAAAAACCUCAGUAAACCACGGCCUAGAUGUACGUCCUCUUUACGUCGAUUUCUCCGUAACAUCCGAGUGAUUGUUUAUGUAUUAUUUAUUUGUCUGUAUGAGUGAGUGAUGAACGUUUGUAUUCAUUUGACUGAAUUGCUGUUAAGUAUAAUUUUGUACGCCAUCUCAGCUCAAUUUCAUAGUCAUUAUUUAUUUUCUAGUAAACCUUAUAGGUAAUCGUGUAACUAUUAUUAUAGUUUAUGUACUAUGUAUUAUGCGUAUUAUUAUUUUAUGAUUCAAUGAAUCUCUGUAUAUAAAAUAUAUUAUAAGUACAUCCAUGUAAUUUUAUAAGAUUUACACAAAAUAUGUAUGAGAUAUUAUUACA